AUGGCGUCGCCCACCCCAGACACAAACGGCAUCUCCACACCGCCCGCGACCGCAAGCGCGGCGCACACAAACUCCCCCCCCUCACACUCACAACCCCAGUCCGCCGCGCACCCGCUCACAACCUCCACAACGCCCUCCACCGCCUACCCCCCAACCUCACUCCUCGACACAGGCGCAACAAAACGCCCCCGCGAUGCGCGCCUCAUGCACCUCCUCCUCGCCAACAUGGGCGUGCACGCGUACACGGAGCGGGUCCCACUCCAGCUCCUCGACCUCGCGUACAGAUACACGUCAGGCGUGCUGAGCGACGCGCUGGCCUACGAGCCGCCCGUCCCCUCCUCGCUGCCGCCGGGCGAGAAGAAGAAGCGCGACACCGCCGCCGACGAGGGCGUGAGUCUGAAUGCCCUGCGCACCAGUGUCGCGGGGCGCGCGGCGCAGAUGAGUCCCGCUGCGGGCCUCGGCAAGGAGUUCCUCGCUGACAUUGCGAGCGAGCGGAACCGCGUUGCGCUGCCGCGCGUUGAGCGCGAGUUUGGCGUGAGGCUGCCGCCUGAGCGGUACUGUUUCACCGGCGUGGGGUGGGGGGUGCGCGAGGCGUGGGAG